UAUAUAUAAAGAAAAAAAGCCAAAACAAAACAAAACGAAGAAUUUUCUUUCAAAGAAAGGAAAAAAUGUCGUCGGAGAAGUUCUCGGCGACGCUGCGGAUAGGCGACUUGAAUGAUUAUAUCGCGCCAUCUCAGGGCUGCGUUGUUUCUCUAAAGGCUAAUUCCAAUCCUAAUCCCAAUACUCCUCCUACUUCCUCUUCCAGGCUCGAUAAAUUUUAUGCUGAGAACCCUACGACACUUGGGAAAGCUGUCAAACCAGUGGAAACUGAACCUGUAAAAAUUUCCCUCAAGGACUGUCUAGCUUGCAGUGGGUGCAUAACCUCAGCUGAGACUGUGAUGCUUGAGAAGCAGAGCUUAGAUGAGUUUCUUUCUAAUAUCAAUGAAGGAAAGGCUGUCAUUGUCUCUGUGUCUCCCCAGUCUAGAGCCUCUCUUGCUGUUCAUUUUGGCCUUUCUCCACUUCAGGUUUUCAAAAAGCUGACAACAUUAUUUAAAACAUUGGGAGUGAAGGCUGUUUUUGAUACCAGCUGCAGCCGGGACUUAACGCUUAUUGAAUCUUGUUAUGAAUUCAUAACUAGAUAUAGACAAUGUCAUUUGACUACUGAUGAGAAAUCCAAAUUGGCCCUUCCCAUGAUUUCUUCUGCCUGUCCAGGUUGGAUAUGCUAUGCUGAAAAAACUCUUGGAUCAUAUAUUUUGCCAUAUAUUUCAUCAGUCAAGAGCCCUCAACAAACCAUUGGAGCUAUUAUUAAGAACCAUAUCUGUCAGAUGCUAUGCAUAAGGCCGGAGGAUAUAUACCAUGUAACAGUGAUGCCAUGUUAUGACAAGAAACUCGAGGCUGUUAGAGAUGACUUUGUUUUUCAAGUUGAAGCACGAGGUGAAAAGAUCACAGAGGUAGAUUCAGUGUUGACAACGGGAGAGUUGUUAGAUCUGAUAAAGUCGAGGUCAGUUGAUUUUGCAAGCUUAGAAGAGUCUCCUUUGGACAAAUUAUUAGCGAAUGCUGCUGAAGGCGGCCACCUUUAUGGCAUCCAUGGAAGCUCUGGAGGAUAUGCAGAGAUAAUAUUUCGUUACGCUGCUAAAACUCUUUUUGGCAAGGAAAUUGUUGGUCCUCUCAACUUCAAGACUAUAAGGAAUUCUGACUUCAGAGAAGUGACACUUGAAGUAGAUGGAGAGACUGUCUUGAAGUUUGCUCUCUGUUACGGUUUCCGUAACCUGCAAAAUGUUGUUAGGAAAAUCAAAGCUGGAAAAUGUGAAUAUCAGUUUUUGGAGAUCAUGGCUUGUCCCUCAGGAUGCUUAAAUGGUGGAGGUCAAAUCAAGCCAAAGCCUGGUGAAUCUGCAAAGGAUUUGAUCCAGUCAUUGGAAUUGAAGUACAUGGAAAAUGUUACUGAGGCUGAUCCUCUUGAAAAUCCGAUCAUCAAAGGAUUAUAUGCUGAAUGGCUUGAUGAACCUGGUUCAGAGAAAGCAAAGAAACACAUGCACACAGAGUACCAUCCUAUAGUGAAAAGCAUUACUUCUCAGUUGCAGAACUGGUAAGCUGCAUUGUGCCUGCCUCAGCCAACAGAUGCGACGACUGUCUGAUGAUCAUUCAGAACUACACUGCUGGUGAACUACUACUCUUCAGGCACAUUUUGUAGUUUCUUUUUAUUGCUGUUUUUUCGUUGAUGUUUGUCUCCUCUCGGUCGCUAGACCACAUUUUUGAGGCCAAUUUUGGUAGGAAGAACAGAUCAUUUGAUGCAGUCUUAGUUCAUACUUGUACAUAACUUGUACAUUGUUGUUUUUACAAUUGAAAAGUACAUGUAUUAUUCAAUCAAUACAACCUGGUUGAUCGGCUUUUUCUUCUUAA